AUGUCGGCAGUGGCGCCAGCAGGUGCUGCAUCGGCAGUUAGCAGCAGUGGACCAAUAAUACCAGCGCCAAUAUUCGCAUUGCCAACGCUGUCGUUCAGCGUUAGCCAAGUGGCGACAGUCUGCGAGACACUGGAGGAGAGCGGUGAUAUCGAGAGGUUAGCGAGAUUUUUGUGGAGUUUACCAGUGGCACAUCCUAAUAUACAGGAGUUGAAUCAGAGUGAGGCGGUCCUGAGGGCAAGGGCUAUUGUUGCAUUUCACUCGGGACAUUACAGGGAACUCUAUGCGAUAUUGGAGAGGCACAAGUUCACCAAAGAUUCGCAUGGUAAAUUGCAGGCAAUGUGGCUUGAGGCGCAUUACUCGGAGGCGGAGAAACUGAGGGGCAGGCCUCUCGGUCCUGUUGAUAAAUACAGGGUUAGAAAGAAAUUUCCACUGCCGAGGACUAUUUGGGAUGGUGAACAGAAGACACAUUGUUUCAAGGAGAGAACGAGAUCGCUUUUGAGAGAGUGGUAUCUGCAGGAUCCUUAUCCCAAUCCGGGGAAGAAGAGGGAAUUGGCUGCGGCUACGGGACUCACGCCGACGCAGGUGGGGAAUUGGUUCAAGAACAGGAGGCAGAGGGAUCGGGCUGCUGCCGCUAAGAACAGAAUACAACAGCAAUCUGGCCAAGGAAAUGGCGGUUCCCGUCGUGCCCUGAGUCCCAGCCCAGGCGGCAGCGACACAGAGGACUCAGACAUAUCCCUGGGUGGUACAUCACCCCCAUCGCCAUCAUCACCACCGCCAUCGCAUCAUCAACCGUCGCCAGUCUCUCUCGGUCCAGUUGGACCACUACCACCCCCAUCGCUCAAUUUUCGAUUUGACGCCGGCCAUACGCAUGCAUUUCGCUUUACCCACGCGACCGCCUUCAAAUUUCCAGCGACGGGUUUUCGCUUUGGGCCACACAGUCCUCAGCACAAUCAUCCAACGAUUCCCAGUACAGGGGGGAUGUUCAGGCUUACGGACACAAGUCCAUUUCAGGCCGUCGGACCGCGGGACGAUCUGGGGUCGAGAUUGCCGGAGCCUCUAGGACUGCACCCCCCAAGAUUACACCACCACGAGACGAUUCUCCACCACCCCCACCCCCAGCACCAACUCCCAGAGGGUAUAUCGAGGCUAUCAGACGCCUCGAGACUAUCGGACGGGGGUAUAUCCCGGCUGUCUGACAGCCUGAGCGAGGCUCACAGUCCGCCCCUGGUAGCGACCAACCUCUCAGUGACAGGACCACUGAGAGUGGCUGUACCAAGUCCCCACACCCCGUCGUCCCGAGGUAGUCCACCGAGUCAAACGUCCCACCAUAUCCAGCAGAAGCCCGGACAGGGUCUUAUAAGAGUGGCAACACCACCGAUUAAUCCAAAACCACCGCAAAUUCACAGGCCAUUCUCACCAGCGUGAUAGAGUCAUCAGAAUCCUGUAACCUCGAUCGGGGCAUUGUUAAACGGAUGAAUCAUCAUCACGAUGAUCACCUCCAAUUCUGUAAAUAUCUACCGUACAUCGCGAUGUCAAACGAUCUGUUUUUUAAAUUUAACUGUAAAUACUGAUUUAAUGUUAAGAGAAAUGAGAGAGCGGAGAAUCAUACGGGAAGUACUAGAAAUCAACUCAAUAAUUAUUUUUUCUUUUCCCCCCCUCGUCAUUAAUUCACUGCCCAGUCACCGGGUUUGCAAUGUCAUACAGUAAAAUUGAUGGUUAAUUCCAACGGUUUGUAAAUAUCAAGUACCUUCAGUCGUUGCAAAACACUUGUUCUUUUGAGGGAACACGUAGAGCUCGGAUUUAAUGACACCGUUAUAAAAUUGUGUAAUCUGUCAUACGCUGAGAUAAUCCAGUUCCAUUUUUUUUUUCAUUUCUAUUGACUUCCAUUCGAUAAUCCGCGAGAGACACGAGACUGAUUCGCGGUGAUCCCCUAGUGGCAAUUUUUUUUUGUUUAUUUCUUUUUUAAGAAUUCAAUGACAAGUCCAGGCUGUUUUAAAAGUGCAUGAUCAUUAGUAAAUUAUUGGUGAAAUCCAGAGGAUUCACAUUCAGGUAAUUGAAUAUUUUUGGGAAAAGGGAGAGUAAUUUCUAUAAAAAUUGACUCCUGAAUUCUGGUAACUGGGUUAAAUACCGAUUUCGAAGAAAUCUUUACUGGAAUUCGACGAAAAAUUGAAUAAAUCGAGUAAAAGUCGCAAUUUUCAGGUGAAAUUUUGACUUGAAUAUCGCAAAUUUCAACAAAAAUACAACAUUUUAUCCAAUAAAUGAUUUCUUUUUUUUAUACGUAUUGCAUUUUUCGCUGGAGUUGUGGUUAAAACCUCGGAAAUUUUUAAACGAAAUUAUUCUUCAUUCCCGUUUUCUCAGAAAAUUCUGCAAACGCUAAAUCUCCAGUCUGGACAGUCUACGAAACGACAACGAAAGUCUGUAGUCGUUUUAUCGUAAAAAUAUCCCAAAUUGUGUUACAAUUUUCCUAGUCUCAAGGACUCGAGACGUCAUUUCGUUAUUGACUAUUGUAAUCAACGCAAUGCCAGUACCAUCGGAGUCUUCAUUUUCCAUCAUCCAAUCCCCUGCCUUGCUCCCCACUCGCCCUGUACAAGUCCGUCAUUAGAUUAAGUAGGUCUAGCGCAGCUUGAAAAAUACGAUUAUCGUACGGAUUCGCUAAAAAAAAAAUUACUCUGGGAGUAAAACAAGAGGUGCACGACGAGAUUGAGGAGAGGAAUAAAUGAGUAUUAGAAAAAUAAAUGGAGUAAAAAUACGAAUUUCACGGAUGAUGGGAGGGAGAGAAUCAAUAAGCGAUUGCUUGAAAAAAAGAAUGAAAAUCCUCUCCACGCAGAGCGAAGGACAAAGCCUUGAUGGCACGCUUCUCUGGGAGAUGAGGAAACAAUUCGAAAUCCAAAAAAAAAAUUAAUGAAAAUCGUUAUGCCUAUGAUAGAGCGAACAAAAUUAUUUGUAUAGGUCGAAUCCUUAUACAUACUGAACAUACUAGUACGUAAUGAUAUCUAGGUUAUUAACGUAAACAAAUUAAUUAUAUAAAAAAAAUUAUACAUAUUAUAUAUAUGAACAAAAGAACCUUAUUGAUAUUCAUUAUUAAUAUUAUGAAAAACUAUUAUUAUUUGCGCCUGUAA